AUGCCCUCAAUUUCUGCACGAGACAAAGUUCUGGCUCUUCCAGAGCUGACCGCUGCCAUUGUCAUUCAGUUGCCUAUAAACGAUAUUCUGAUCAACGCACAACGAGUGAGCAGUAAAUGGAAAGCUGCUGUGGACUCGUUGCCUGUACAACAAGUUCUCUUCUUUGCGCCUCUGCCCUCAGAUCGUGGGCUCAAACCACAAUUCAACCCCCUGCUUGCAGAAAAGUUCCCGGCCUGGUUCAAGCCUACAGAGCGCAAAGGCAGUCACCGUGGAAGCCGUGGAUGGAAAUUCGAAGAACUUGAAUGGGGGUCUACUAAGGAGAAAUGUGCAGCUUAUGUGCGGAAAGAUGCUAGUUGGCGCCGAAUGCUUCCUGUGCAACCGCCAGCAACCAUCUUUGAGGUUCGACAGGCUUCGCAUUACCAGAUGGGGAGUUAUUUGAAAGUUGGACAUAUCACCGUUGAGGAUGGCGUAAGGAUGGGCACCGUCUACGAUUGGGCUCAGAAGACUGUUACGACGCCAAUCUCGGACUUUCAGAUGAAAUGGCACAUGGCCCACCCAAACGACGAUGCGAAACUUUCUUUUGGAAUGUCAGCAGAUGAAAUGGACACAGCCGAAGAGUUUGACAGACGAGCGCAGGGAGGCGGUUCCCCUAAAGUGACGAUGUACACAAGCUAUACAAUGCAGUGUUGUGUUGAUAUGGACCCUGAUGUUGGUUCAGAGUUCGUUAGUGGAGGUUAUGAAGACUUGAAGCUCUCGUGGGAGGAAGAAAGAGUUGCCUGA